GGUCCCGCCCCUGCGCCGGCCCGCCUCCUCUUUAAGCGCCUCCCGCCCAGCCUGAGCUCCCGCUCUCGGCGCUGCUCCCUGGUUCCCCGCCUUCCUUAUCUCCCCGGCUCCGCUCGGUUCUCGUGGCCACCCCGCUAUGUACCGCCCCGGCCUGCGGCUUAGCUGGCACAGGCUGAGCCCCUGGGGCUGGUCAUCACGGUGCAGCAUCCAGACACUGCGAGUCCUCAGCGGAGACCUGGGCCAGCUGCCCGCUAAGGUUCGAGACUUUGUGGAACACAGUGCCCGCCUGUGCCAACCGGAGGGCAUCCACAUCUGUGAUGGGACCGAGGCAGAGAACACUGCCACACUGGCCCUGCUGGAACAGCAGGGACUCAUCCGAAAACUCCCGAAGUACAACAAUUGCUGGCUGGCCCGCACAGACCCCAAGGAUGUGGCACGAGUAGAGAGCAAGACGGUGAUUGUAACUCCUUCUCAACGGGACACGGUGCCCCUCCCGACUGGUGGGGCCCGUGGGCAGCUGGGCAACUGGAUGUCCCCAGCUGAGUUCCAGCAAGCUGUGGAUGAGAGGUUUCCAGGCUGCAUGCAGGGCCGAACCAUGUACGUGCUUCCGUUCAGCAUGGGUCCCGUGGGCUCACCACUGUCCCGCAUCGGAGUGCAACUCACGGAUUCUGCCUACGUGGUGGCAAGCAUGCGGAUCAUGACCCGGCUGGGGACGCCUGUGCUUCAGGCUCUGGGAGAUGGCGACUUUGUCAAGUGCCUUCACUCUGUGGGCCAGCCCUUGACUGGGCAAGGGGAACCGGUGAGCCAGUGGCCAUGCAAUCCAGAGAAAACCCUGAUUGGCCACGUGCCCGACCAGCGGGAGAUCAUCUCCUUCGGCAGCGGCUAUGGUGGCAACUCCCUGCUGGGCAAGAAGUGCUUUGCCCUUCGCAUCGCUUCUCGGCUGGCCCGGGAUGAGGGCUGGCUGGCGGAGCACAUGCUGAUCCUGGGUAUCACCAAUCCUGCGGGGAAGAAGCGCUACGUGGCAGCCGCCUUCCCCAGUGCUUGUGGCAAGACAAACCUGGCCAUGAUGCGGCCGGCACUGCCAGGCUGGAAAGUGGAGUGUGUGGGAGAUGACAUUGCCUGGAUGAGGUUUGACAGUGAUGGUCGACUCCGGGCCAUCAACCCUGAGAAUGGCUUCUUCGGGGUGGCCCCUGGCACCUCUGCCACCACCAAUCCCAAUGCUAUGGCCACAGUCCAGAGUAACACCAUUUUCACCAACGUGGCUGAGACCAGUGAUGGCGGCGUGUACUGGGAGGGCAUCGAUCAGCCUCUUCCACCUGGCGUCACCGUGACCUCUUGGCUAGGCAAACCCUGGAAACCUGGUGACAAGGAGCCCUGUGCCCAUCCCAACUCUCGCUUUUGUGCCCCGGCUCGCCAGUGCCCCAUCAUAGACCCUGCCUGGGAGGCCCCAGAGGGAGUCCCCAUUGACGCCAUCAUUUUUGGAGGCCGCAGACCCAAAGGAGUCCCCCUGGUAUAUGAGGCCUUCAGCUGGCGCCAUGGGGUGUUUGUGGGCAGUGCCAUGCGCUCAGAGGCCACUGCAGCGGCUGAACACAAAGGGAAGGUCAUCAUGCAUGACCCAUUUGCCAUGCGGCCAUUUUUCGGCUACAACUUUGGGCGCUACCUUGAACACUGGCUGAGCAUGGAGGGGCGCAAGGGGGUCCAGCUGCCCCGCAUCUUCCAUGUCAACUGGUUCCGGCGCGACGAGGCAGGCCGCUUCCUGUGGCCAGGCUUUGGAGAGAAUGCCCGAGUGCUAGACUGGAUCUGCCGACGGCUCGACGGGGAGGACAGUGCCCGAGAGACACCCAUUGGGCUGGUGCCGAAGGAAGGCGCCUUGGAUCUCAGCAGCCUGGGAGCCAUAGACACCACCCAGCUGUUCUCCCUCCCCAAGGACUUUUGGCAACAGGAGGUUCAUGACAUUCGGAGCUAUCUGACAGAGCAGGUCAACCAGGAUCUGCCAAAGGAAGUGCUGGCUGAGCUGGAGGCCUUGGAGGGACGUGUGCGCAGAAUGUGACCUGAGCCUUCGGCUAGCGAGAGGACACAGCACCCCCCACCCCCACCUUCAACUCCCCUGGAAUAAGCAAGCCACGAGGCUUGCAGAAACUAUGAGCAACUUAACAACACUCUCACCCUCUGGGUGCUGUGAGAUCAGGCCCCAGACCUCUCCCCACAUGCUGCCUAAUAAUGAGAUGCUCAUUUAUAUAACA